CGCCUAGUAGAGAUUGGAUCUUGGGCGUUUUUCCACUGCCAUCGCACCAUACGACCUUUCAAGCCGUCAAUUGGGUGUGCUCACCUUGGCGAGCUCAGUACCUGUGGGGGACACGUUUGACUUUUUGACGCUGCUGAGCUCGGCCAGAGCAUACAAAAGGGCCGUCGAAUCACAAUCAAGGAAAAUCGUACAGGGCUCCUGCUAGACCGCUAGACGUUUAUUCUCCCAUCGAUCUGCCCGCCAUGUCCGCGCAGGAGGUGGCGGCGGGCAAUCCGCUCUCCCUUGGGCUCACGUCGCCGGCCUCGAGUCCGCUGCGCGAGAGAAGUCAUAGCGCCCUUUUGGAUGCUCCAGCCGACCACAGCCCUACUCGUCGGCUAUCGGACUCCGCAGCCAUCGUUGGGGCAGCAACAUCACCCACAACGCCCAGCGCAGCUACCUUGCCCAGAAACCAUUCAAAAGCUGGAUCAGAAGAGCUGCGUCGAUGGGCUGCGGAGGCUAUGGCACAACGCCCCAACCUAGCUCAUCCCAACCCGCACAUCGACACCAGCUCCACGAGUGAAGCUCCUUCAUCUUCCGACCCUCUUCUCAUUAAGCCUUCUGCAAGCCGACCAGAGUCGCCUGCUCUUGGGGGCCGAUGGCAUGGGAGCAGCGAGAUCGGAGGUGCGACUCGUCCUCUCUCCAUGCAUGUGGACUCUGUCACUACAUCUCACGAUGACACUCGACCCACUUCCUACCAAUUUCCCGAUCCCCGUCCCCCAGCCAGCACAACGAGCUCGACAGCAAUGAUGUCAGACGCUUCUCACGUGGACGAGUCGCUCGGCUUCACCAGAACGUCUUCACUCGGUAGGCGCUCGCAAUGGGCUCUGCCAAGAGAUGAGUCUGCUGCCGUCUUGCAAGUCGAUGAGACCGGCCGUCGAGCAAGCUCGCCGCACAUCGAUCCACCAAAGACUUCAGGUGGCCGGCGGACGGCUUACGUCGACGUUCCCUUCUCGAAUGGUCGUGAUGGUACGAGACGCUCACCCCUAGCACCCAUCCUCACUGCCGGUCGACCACGCGAGCCUGCGACGCAGCGAGCCCAAUCGGGGUCACACGAAGUCCCAGCCAAUAGGCUUGCUUCUGCGAGCCAUGCACAACCUUUCAGUAGACUUAGGCCGGACAGUCCAAUCGCGGAGGCACCUCAAAGUGAUGACGAGGACCCGCCUCUCGGAACACCGGUCGACGGCUAUCUUGCAAACGCGAUGAGCGCCAGCAGCGUGCGACGAGGUUCGGUUCAACCUGGCGAUACACCACCGUCUGAUACACUGAGCGAUCUUCCUGCAGCCAGAAGUGGCAUCAAUUUUGGAGUAGGCGCUAUUGGCGCAAGCGCUGAGGCGUCUGGACCAUUAAGUCAGCUUAGCCUUCGACGAGGCAGUGCAUCGGAUGCUGCCGGCAAGCCGUCGCUGCGUCUCGUCCCAUCUCUCAAGCGCGAAGCUGUAGCAACACCUCAUGCAGUUAACGAAGCCCCACAACUCUCACAUUCGACGCUCGUCAGUCUUGGGGAAGUGGAGGGAAUCAGCCCACCCAUCCCCCUCAGUGCACUCUCGGCCACCGGACCCAGCCUUCCCAUUGGCUCCACCAGCAUCGACGCCACUAGCGUCGUGACUCAGGGGCUGGAAAUGGGCCUUGGUGUCCACAUGGCAGCGGCGGCCCUCAACACUUGUCUGCCCGGUGCUUCAACCGGAUUUGCGAGUCUAGCUGAACCUCGCUUUGCUCGAAUGAGCGUCGCAAGUAGCGGGAUUGGAAUGCCAUCGGCAGCCACAGUCGCCGCGAGCGCGCUGCCCUCAGAAAUGAGCAGCAUGGGCUUGAGCUUCAAGGUCACCGAUGCUCAGAUUUCUGCGGCAGAUACUCUGACCGGACUCCGAGACAGUCGUCGAGGCCCCAAGUCAGACCAUGCUUCCAUUGCCAACGGCAGUAGUGAAGACAAGCCGUUGAGCAAGAUUGCAGAGGCCGAUCUCGGACGCAGACGCACGACUGGCAACCUUGGAGCGCGCACCCGUGGCGGACCUGCCAACCAUCCAAACGUCACCUUCAGCGUGGACCCCUUACCUCAUCGACGCGCAGGUACACUCGACCACACCUCGGCCUCGGCAAGCUCUCGCCAGAUGCCCGACAUGUAUGCUUAUGCAGGCGGGAGCCCGGCUCUCGGAGGAACGACACUUCAUGGCACCAACAGCAAAGGAUCUGCGACUCAUCCUUCCAUUCCUGAGAAUGAUGCUGUGUAUCUCCCAUUCGGCGCAGUGUACAGCAGCCAGAGCAGCUCCCACAGCACCAGCGGGCACGCUGGCCUGACGUCAGCUCAAGACAGCACUCAAGCAGAUACGCCAUCGCUCGGGCAAAAAGCAAUUCUAUCUCCCGACGCGAAUUCUCGCGGAUCGUAUCUUGGCGACACCAGUGUGGCUGGCCAAGCUCGAGAAAGUGGGCAGGAUCCAACCGGGCCACGUUUGAAUGCACCGAUAGGGGCUGCGGCGCUUGCGAAUAGCAUCGGAGGAGGUGGGCACUUUGGACCACAAGUUCGCGAGAAGCUCAUGGAGGUCCUGCAAACCAUCGUAGGACAGGUUCCACUCUCUGGUGAAGACGGAGAGACAAUUCACAUUGCGGAGUACGGCAGCCUAAACUCCCGUUCCGCGCCGUUGCUGCGCGAUGUCAUAUCGAUGUUCGCACAGCGCGCUUACGAAAGUCUGGCAUAUCGAGCAUCAGCGCAAGCAGCCAGCCAUCCAAGCACGCUCUCUUCCCAAUCGAGCCGCCUCGCCGACGACGGAAGCUACUUUGGCGGGGUUGACGUGGCCCAUCUGGGCGCACCGACAGUCGUCGCAGAGAGCAUCGAUCUCCAGCCCUCGACUUUGGCCUUUUCCAUCACACAUGAGGAUGCGAGCUCUGAUUUCCGCACCCUGGCACAAGUGUUGGAAUCGGGGGAGUCGUACUUGGACAACGCUUGGCAAGCGUCGCACAGGCCACCUCUUCAGAAUAGCAUUUUCAACGCUUAUGUGGCACGAUCCUUCGCUUCCCGCGUUGCUCCUCCCAAGACGAUGCACAUGGGCUUCUCAUUGAUGGACCUGCACUGGCUGCACACCCCACGCAACUCGGCAGUGUCACUUGCGACGACGGCACACGCGGAAUUGACGGCAUUUCUGACAGCGCGAGCUCACGAGUUCAGAAGCGGCGGGCGCUUCAUCAUUGCUUUCAUCGCGCGCAGCGAGCCGGACACUGCCUCGCCAUCGUUUAGCGUUCGCCAUCGCGCCUCCGCGAAUCUACAUGUCUCACCUGACGAGAGCCACAACCGAGCAUCCGCUGGCGGCUCACCUGUUUCCACGUCGUCGGCUACCCAGCUGCCAGCCGGAACGUCUCAAGCCAUGGAUACGCCUCACGUAUCCAUUGAAAAGCUCCAAGAGCACUACACGCUCCAGCAACAGCGCUCAAGAUCCAGCUCAUCGCCUGCGCAACAUCUUGAGCAGACUUCGCGAGGGAGAUCGCGCCGUGGCGACGAUAUCUGGACAGCACUCACGAACACGCUCGCACCGUGCAUUCAACGCCUGGUCUCCUGUGGCAUGCUCAAGAGCGAUGUCGCACGCCACAUGCUACUGUUGCCCAUGCACCCACGCACGCCGAGACAAACGCGAGCAGUCCUCAAAUCCGUCCGACAUUUAUGGACCGUCGACUGGAGCUGCGGGCUAGGACACGAUGAAAGUCUGCGGACCACCUCCCAACCAAGCAGUGCUGUCGGCUCCCCUACGCAGGGCAGGCCGCCACCACCACCCUCGCCGCUAUCUGGUCGUCGUGGCUCGACUACUUCUACAGCCUUGCCGAGCGAGGCAAUGCCUUUGCGGCUCGCCCAUCCAGCAUGGAAAGCCUAUCGCGCCGGCGCUUUGCCUCGGGUCGUCUUCAUCGAACACCUGCUUGCCCUGUUUAAGAGCCUCUACGAGGUUCACAUGCGCCUAGUGUUGAAAGAGAGGGGCAAGCUCAGCAAGGGAGCUUGCGAGUUUGUCCUCGAUUCUCUUUGGGACGUGUUGCAGAGUAGGCUGGACGAUCAAGGCACCUCCCCCAUCGAAGAGAUUGAGGUCGAGGUUACAGUUUGCGCUCUGCGCAGGCUUUGAAACUGGAUACACGGUGUCCAAAAUCCCUUGCUAGCGCUUUCAAGCACGCUCCCAGCUGCAGCAUCCAAGACGCUGAUCAACUUCAUCACCGUGUGUUUCUCAAGCAGCGGCGUUUCUGGUAUCAUAUAGGCAUUUUUCCCGAGCCAGGUAGCUCGGCGCGCGUUCGUAUCCAUCGCUCCUAGUCAUUCAAGUACGCAGAGGUCAUCAUUUAGCUAUCUCUUUCCAGCACUCCUUCACGUCACCCAAAUCGACGAACGUCUCGCAUCUACUACCCUCGUCUGGACCACCCUAAGUCACUUGAAAGUCACCGUAAUCUGUACCCAUCCAUUCAUCUCGUCAUACCUCACG